AAUUGGCAGGUCACGGACGAAAAGCAAAGCCCGCGUGUGGCGCUAACAUUUAGCGGCGCUAGGAUCUUGAGCUUGCAACGUGCGUGUGGUAGAGAACUCCAGCAGUUUUCCAACCUUCCACAUUGCCUUGCGCAACGACUCACCAACCGUUUUCCCGCCAUUAUCGCGUCUGCUCGGAAGUGGUAGCACCAGGAAUUGACACUAGCCAUGGCACCAGCAAUGGUCUGGUGGUACUGCUAGCACUGUCAUGCCAGCACGCCGUCCAGCACGCCGUCCAGCACGCCUUCCCUAACACUGAGCGAUUCGCCUCGCGUUCAUUCGCCGUAACAACCUUCAUUGCGUGCGCCCUGCUUCUCCCGUGCUCGCCUUCAAAUCUACCCUCACCGGCACACCUUCCACACAACUAGAAUCUUCCACGCAAUCCUCCCAUGUCGACGCUACUAUCUCGCGUUGCAACCUCGCCUUGUCGGCCGUCCCGUCCCCCUUCCUCACCCCACGUCCAUAUCUUCCCCUCUCACCCCUCUCACCCCUCUCACCUCUCCCACCUCUCCCACCUCUCCCCCGCUCCUCGCGCGACCUCUCCGCCGCCCUUCUCACGCCACCGCGCCGGCGCGUCCCACCAUCCCGCCGCGUCUCACGCUCCCGCAUUCUAUAGCCCCGCUUCUCAUGGCCGUUUCCCAGCCGCCGCCGCGCAGCGCCACGUCAGAUUUCCGCGGAACGCCAGCGGCGCCGCGACGCGGCCCGUGGCAGCAGCAGCAAGUCUCCUCCUCACGCGACGCGCCGUCGCCUCCGGCGGCGCUCGCGGCGCCGCCUUCUACUCGCGCGCCGACGAGCUGCAUUCGCGGCUCUGCUGGCGACUCGGCCGCCUUCCGAACGAAGCCGCCGCGCUCAAGAGGUUCCGGGUAACAGCAACCGCUAGCGGCGGUGGCGGCGGCGGCGCUGCUGCUACAACCUAUGUCGCUGCAGCUGCUGCGGCAGUAAUUAACUCCUCUUCCUCCUCCUCCUCCUCCUCCUCCUCCUCCUCCUCCUCCUCCUCCUCCUCCUCCUCCUCCUCCUCCUCCUCCUCCUCCUCCUCCUCCUCCUCCUCCGCUUAUCCCGGGCAAGAAAUGGCUGGAGCAAUGGCUCCGACAGUAGCAGCUGCCAACGAGCAGCCUGGAAGUACUAUCCUGGCCACGAGCGGGGGAGUGGCUUCUAAGGAAUGGUUUAAAGCAGCGAGUAAUGCGGCGACUAUUGCGGGGACUAAUCCGGGGAAUAAUGCAGGUGAAGGCUUGGACACGUCAGGGCUGUCGCUGGCGCCGCCAGUGGGGAUAUCACCGGCAUUGCCGUCGACUUCAGCAGAAGGAGCAGCAGCAGCAGCAGCAGCAGCAGCAGCAGCAGCAGCAGCAGCGCGUCGGUUCCAAGCCCCGUCGAAACGGCAACACGACCUAAACGCGCCGCGUGUCGCGGUUACUGUAGCCUCCAUGUCGGCAUCCACGGGUGGCGUAGGAGGACGCGGCUCGGCCUUAGGCAGCAGCAGCGGUGGCAGCGACGCGUUCGGGCCACUGACACGUGGCAGUAGCGGAGUGGUGGCGGGUCUUUUCGCAGGCGCGGCGUGCCUGGGUCUGCUCGUGGUGAUGGCGGGCGCUGUGGUCGCGCGGCUGCUGCAGGGAAGUAGCGCCGGGAAUCACACCGCAAUUGACGCCGGAAGAGGCGGCGGCGGCGGCGGCGGCGGCGUCCGGGAAGGUACGAAUAGGCGAGCCAGUAAUGGUGGGGUUAGCAGUGACGGAAGAAGAAGCAGCAGCAGCAGCAGCAGCAGGUGGGGGAGUAACGGGCUGAAAAGGCUUCUGCCCCUUAUCCCUCCGUUCGCAGUAGGAAGAGCGGGUGCAGGAGCAGGGGGAGGAGGAGACCGAGACGAGGGAGCAGGCGCAGCAGCAGCAGCAGCAGCAGCAGCCGUGGGGGGUUCGAUUGGGAGGGCGCGAGGAUUGGGAGUCGUUGGGGGAGGGGGAGGGGGAGGGGGUGGAACAGCGACGCUGGAAAUGCGAGAGACGGAGGUGCUUGCAGCAGCCACUGCUGGCGCUGCUGCUGCUCUCACUGCCCCAGUGCGCCAAGUCACCGAACCCGACCUUCACGUGUUACUGCCCAUCAGCGCUCCCCUUUCCAAGCCAACCACUUCCACCCCCACCAUCGAUACCCCACACCCUUCCCUCCCUACUGCUCUUUUCAGUGGGUCGCGUUCUGCUGCUCCCUUCUCUCCUCCCUCCGCUCCUCCCUCCUCUCCUCUUACUCCCACUCCUCCUCCCUCUGCUCCCUCACCUGCGGCCUCCUUCCCUCCCUUCCCUUCCUCCCUUCCCUCCCCUCCCCCUUCUCCAUCCCCGUCCCCACUCUCUUCGCCUCCCUCUGCUCCUCACAAGCUGCCGCAUCCUAGCCACUCCUCUUCCUCCACCCUCGCAGCUGCUGCCGACGUGUCCAUAAUCCCAAAUACUGUGCUCUCUGUUGUGGGUAUCCUACCCCUAACCCACUCUACUGAUGCCACUGCCGCUCAUUCAGCUGAGUCGCCUCAUCCUACCGAUCUCACUGAUCCUACCGAGUUUACUGUGUUGGCUGAUCCGGCAAGAUUUGUAGAUUCUAAUGAGUUGACUAACCCUACCGACUCUGAUUCUGCUGCUGGAUCCGCAUGCGCUGGUGGUGCUUGUGCUGAUGCUGCUAGCCGUUCUGCUGCACCAGCGUCUUUUGAGGCGCCUCAAAAGUCUGAUGCUGCUAGCCGUUCUGCUGCACCAGCGUUCGCAUCACUGACCAACAUCGCUGCCGCCACCGCUGCUGCUGCUCCUACUGCUGCUGCUACUCCUGCUGCUACUACUGCUGCUGCUGCUACUCCUACUGCCUCUACUGCUGUUGCCACUACUGCUGCUGCCACUACUGCUGCUGCCACUACUGCUGCUGACACUAUUGCUGUAGCCACUACUGCUGCUGCCACUACUGCUGCUGCCACUACUGCUGCAGCCACUACUGCGGCUGCCACUACUGCUGCUGCCACUACUGCUGCUGCCACUACUGCUGCUGCCACUACUGCUGCUGCCACUACUGCUGCUGCCACUACUGCUGCUGCCACUACUGCUGCUGCCACUACUGCUGCUGUCACUACAAUCGUCUCCAGCAGCAACACCACUACCACAGUUGCUGCCACUGCCACCGCAACUAGCGAUGCUCCUAGCCCUGCCCCCACUGCUGCUGCUGCUGCCACUACUAUCGCUACGAGCAGCAACACCACUACCACACUUGCUGCCACUGCCACCGCAACUAACGACGCUCCUAGCCCUGCCCCCGCUACUCUCACCGCUGCUGCUGCUGCCACUACUAUCGCUACCAGCCGCGAAACCACUACCACAGUUGCUGCCACUACCGCUGCAACUAGCGAUGCUCCUAGCCCUGCCCCCGCUGCUGCCACCGCUGCUGCUGCUGCUACUUCUGCUGCUGCUGCUUUGGCCAUCCCUGAGUUGCAUGCUGCCACAGCCGCAGAAGAAGCAGCGGCUGGUCCGAGCAGGGAAGGCAGCGGGGAUGGGGUGGACGCAAGGCUCAAAGCAGCAGUACCAGCAGUCACAGCUCCUCCUAUUGCAACUCCUUCUGUAGCGACAGCUGCUGUGGAAGCACCUACUGUUGCAACUCCUGCUGUGGCGACCCCUGAUGUGGCGACGCCUGCUGUGGCGACUCCUGCUGUGGCGACUCCUGCUGUAGCGACUCCUGCUGUUGCAACUCCUGCUGUCGCAGCUGCAGUGGCAACUCCUGGUGCAGUGACCCAUACGGUCACACCUCGUGCUGGUAAAUCACCUCCUGCUGUUCCCACUCCUGCUGUAGCAAAGCCAUCAGUAGCAGUAGCAGCAGUAGGAGUAGGAAUAGCAGGUGGUGGUGCAUCAGCAAGUGCGGAGAGGAGGAGCCAGGGCAGGCGAUUGCUGCGGAAAGAUAGGCGAGUGCCAGGAAGGACGUUCGUUAGCUCUGCUGUGAGGCCCGUGCCUGCUGCUGCAACUGCCCACUCAUUUGCUGGCAGCAGUGCCGCUACCGCCGGCACCGGCACCGGCACCGGCACUGGCAGUAACAGUUCGAGCAGUAUUCUGGCCUCGAACCCCACCGCCACUACUACCAGCACCAGCAGCACCAGCACCGGCAACGGCAACGGGAACAGCAAAAGCGGUAGUGUUAGUGGGACAAGUAUUGCUGGUUUGAGCAAGAGCCUAGAUUCUUUGAGCACGAGUGUGAAUCACGAGCAAGUGAAGUACUCUGCACUCGCGUACCUCGUUGCCACACCGAGAACAGCGGAUGAUGACAACCGCAGCAGCAGCAGUAGCAGCAGAGAUAACAGCAGAAAUGGUGCAAGCAGCAGCAUUGCCAGCAGCAGUGGCACGAACGGUGGCAAUACAGAUUUGUCUUUCAGCAGAAGCAGCAGCAGCAGGGGGAGCAGCACGGCACCAGCAGAAGAUCCAAAAAUGGCACUAGCUCAGCAGACAGAGAUGGAGAAGGAGCAACUAGUGUCUGUCCUCAGUGCGGCUCCUCCUCUCACAGCCAUGGCUUUUGGAGGACUCAUUGCCAUCUCAUCUGGAUGGACUAAUGGCAUGGAGGCAGUCGGCAUAGCUGCACUGGUGGCCUUCAUUGCACAGGACCUAUGGCCCGAUGAACGAAGGGCACAACUACGCUGGGAGCUCAGCAACCUUAAAAGGUGGAGAGAUGUGAGGCACUUUUUAUGGCGAAGGAAAAUCACCCUCAGAAUAUGAUAUGCUGCUCCGUUAACCAGUAUGCAGUGUGGAAGCUGGGUUAUGGGUCCCGUUUAAGGAAAGGGUGUUCUUAACGUUGCACAUGUAGGAUAUUCUACUAAGGGUAUAACAUGAUGUACACUUCCGACUAAGUUAUUG